AUGGCCACGCUCACCGACGACAUCCUCGUCGACAUCAUCUUGCGCCUGCCGUACAAGUCCACAUGCUGCUGCAAGUGCAUCUCCAAGCGUUGGCGCGGCCUCAUCUCCCACCGCCACCACCGAAAGAAGAUGCCGCAAUCCGUCGUCGGCUUCUUCUACGAAGGUUACAACGAAUGCCGCUCCCCCAGGAAGGCUCGUUAUUUUACUAAUCUGUCGCGGGAAUAUUAUCCUCUAGUCGACCCCUCACUAUCAUUCCUGCCCAAUUGCAGGAGCCUUGACAUCUUGGACGCCUGCAAUGGCCUCCUCCUCUGCUGCUGCUUGAAGGCUGCUGAUCCCCUAUAUGCCGGUCAUAACACCCUCAAAUUGGAUUAUGUUGUCUGCAAUGCCACCACUAAGAAAUGGGUGUCCGUGCCUGCCACCGACUGGUCCAGCAAGGUGGGCGUCGCUCGCCUCGGAUUUGACCCGGCCAUUACUUCUCACUUCCAUGUAUUCGAGUUCAUAGAUGAGGAGGUGUUGGGUAUAUCCGAGGACGAGCAAAACGACGAGUUGUAUCGAUGCAUCCACACACUAGCAAUUUACUCGUCCAAAGCUGGAGUUUGGAAAUAUCAAACAGUUGAGCAUGGACCAUUUGCGAUACCCAAGAAUUCACCUGGCUCAUUUUUAAACGGGAUCCUUAAUUUGGCUGCCUAUAAUAAUUUAAUUGUAGCUGUUGAUGUGGAAGGAGAUAAUUGGUCACUUGUUCAUAUUCCUAAGCCACCGUACUAUGCUGAUGAUAUCAAUGGCAUAUUUCCAUCACAGGGACAGUUGUAUUUUGCAAAUAGUCCUGCUGAUUCUGAUGGUUCUGAAUUGUCAAUCUGGGUUCAUGACGACUUUGUUACAGGAAAAUGGAGUUUGAAACACAAUGUGAGCCACUUGCAGUUGUUUGGAACAAUGUAUUCAUCGUAUGCGAAUGAUUAUAGUGUUAUUUCAAUGCAUCCAGAACACAGUUUGAUUUUUAUAGUCGGUGGACAUAACAAGACACUAAUGUCAUAUGACAUGGAUUCUAUGCAGUUGUGUUUUAUAUGUCAACUUGGAUCUGAGUGUAGAGCUGAAUUGCCUGGCUGUGGUGACAAAGACUCUUUUUUAUCCACACGUUCCCUUGUUCUCAGAGUCAUUGGCAGAUAUGGACUAAAUGUCUAUGCAACGCUGUUUUUUUUUUUUUGUGAACAUGGUUCUGAAUGUGAGGUUUGAUGGCUUGGCUGCUGCACACUGCAGAUUCAUAACUGUCCAUGUUUCUGACACUAUUGAAGUUAAGUCUGGAAUCUGGGUAGCGGUAACUGGGGUAGACAUUUAUCAAGUUGUGAGAGUAUCUGUUGGUGCUUGAGCACCCUCAUGUCCUGAAUAUUGCAGUUAACUUAGUGACUGAACUUGUGUUUGUAUAAUUGUAUAUAUUCAUGGCUGUUACAGCCAAUAAAGUUGUAACACC